CUGCACAGGUAAGGCAUGCCUGCACACACCUGCACAGGUAAGGAACACCUGCACAUGUCUGCACACACCUGCUCAUGUAAGACACAUCUGCACACACAUGUACAGGUUAGGGGCACCUGCACACAUGGUGACACCUACACAAGUAAGGCACACCUGCACACACCUGCACAGAUGCCUACAUCCACCAGCCUGGCCCAGUCCAUGGCCGGCCCCUCUAGUCUGGCCCAAUCGAGUCUGCCCCAAUCCAUGGCAGGUGUUUCUAGUCUGGCCCAGUCCAGUCUGGCCCAGUCCAGUCUGGCCCAGUCCAUGGCCGGCCCCACCAGCUUGGCCCAGUCAAAUCUGGCCCAGUCAAAUCUGGCCCAGUCAAAUCUGGCCCAGUCAAAUCUGGCCCAGUCUGGCCCCCUCAUCAGCUCCAUCUCUACCAGCCAGCCACCGCCCAUGAACACCGGUAUGAUACCCAGCAUGACACAGGCUCCACGAGUGCAGCAGCAGCAGUUUCCUGUGUCCCAGCCUCAGCCAAUGCAGACAGGCGUGCAGCAAGGCCCCCGAGCCGCCCCAGCUCCUGUGCAGAUGCAGUCUCAGCAGGCAGCAAAUCAGACAAGAGUUCCUAUCUGGACAGGGGCCUUGGAAUGGCAGGAAGUUCCGCCCAAGAACAGUCCGAGUGACCUUCCACAGAAGGUCAACAGGUCACUGGCCUGUCAGGUGUCCAUUCAGCCGGGAGAGACGCUCCAAGCGGACAAGUGGCCCAGCAAGCUGAUCAUGCAGCUGAUUCCGCAGCAGCUUCUGGUGUCGCUGGGCUCGCUUUUCCGCAACUCUCGCACGGUCGGCUUCCACUUCUCCAACAACGACCAGGACGCUCUACGGGCGCUGUACCGGGUCAUGGCGGGCGGCUUUGCGGGAUGUGUGCAUUUCCCACAUGUGACCCAGUGCGAUGUCCGGGUGCUGAUGUUGCUCUACAGCGCAAAGAAGCGGGCGUUUAUGGGACUGAUUCCGCACGACCAGACCAGCUUCGUCAACGGGAUCCGCAUGGUCAUCACCAACCACAAGAAGGCACAGCAGCAGAAAGCACUGCAGAGAAUGCAGCAGCAGCAGCAGCAGCUGGGGGUUGUGCAGCAGCCGAACACGGCACCGAUGCAGUUUCCCCCGCAACAACAACAACAACAACAACAACAGCAACAACAGGCACCUUCAUCUGCUCAACAACAGUUUGGAAGCUUGGGAGGAGGAGGAAACAUGAUGAGCAGUGGCCAAUCAGCUGUCAGCACUUCAUCAGGCAACAUGAACCAGGUGCCCAGCUCUGUCCACCCUGUAACUCCCCACCCUCCCGUGGCCACUAUAGACAAGGAACGGCACCACAACUUGCUGAAGAUCCAGCAGCUGCAGCAGACGCUGGAGAUGGCUCAGAAGAAGCAGCAGCAGCUGAACCAGCAGCAGCAGCUCAUGGAACAGCAGAGACAGCAGCAGAUCCAGCAGAGGUUACAGCAACAGCAGACCAACCAGCAGCUCCGCAACCUGCUCCUCAACCAGCAACAGCAACAGCAGAUGUCCCAGCAGAUGCACAACCCAAACCAGUGGACAGGGCAGCAGCAGCUUCAUGCACAAGGUCCCAUGAUGCAACAGCUGCCCCCGCACCCUCCUCAGCCGCAACAGCCAAUGGGAAGUCUCCAACAAAACCUGCUCGAGGACCCCAAUCUGCAUGAUCUUCUGAACUGAUUCUCAUAUGUACAUGAUCUUCUGAACUGAUACCAACAUCUGCAGGAUCUGCACUGAUAGUACUGGGAAGCAUGUUCGUGAUCAAUAUGUCCGUCUGCAUAUUUAGUUAAGACUGUCCCUACGGCUUAAUUUAGACUGCCCCAUAUUUGAUUAAGACUGUUGUAUACAUCAUGAUGAUCGCCCCCAUGCCUACCUAUCAAUGGUGAUGGGGAUGAUGAGUCUGCAAUGUUCAGGCCUUCAGACCAGAAACAGACUUUUUAAAUUCUUAUAUCCGCUUUUAUUUUAUAUCUGGUUUGGAGAAUCAUGCAGAACAUGAGUCGUUCACAAAAUGCUCUCAAUCAUUAAUAAUAUGCUUUUUUUUCAUUUACCAACACAUUAAAUGUUUAUUCUAUAAUUGCAAUCCAGGAAUGCCCAAGACGUUAAGUUAAAUUUUGCUUAUGUUAACGGGAAUCCCAUGUAAAAUAAAGUUUGUUCCACAUCUAA